AAUUUACUACAAUAAUUCUGAAUCUCCGGACACUUUCCUCUUUCGCUUUUGGACACUUUCUUCGAAGCUCAAAUUUUCUCACAGCGAAAAACACUAUAAAGGAGUUCGCCGGAAAAGUAGAAAAAAGAAUCAAUUUUUUUGUAAGCAGCAAACAUGGCCGAUCGCGAGUCCGGUGGGUGUUGCCGGUGCUGCUUCAGCUUCAUCAUUACUCUCGGCCUCACAUCCCUCUUCAUGUGGCUUAGUCUACGCGCUGACAACCCCAAAUGUACGAUCAAGCACUUUUACCUCCCUGUCCUCGACAAAACCUUAAAUGACUCAAAAAACAGCUCCCUCAUCUUUGAGCUGAAGCUGGACAACGGCAACAAGGACAAGGGGAUUUACUAUGAUCCCAUCAACCUCACUUUCUACGACAAUCCCAAUAGGUCGCGCCUGUUGGGGAACUUUACCAUUCCUGGGUUCCGGCAGGGGCAGAACAAAAAGGCCAAGAGGAUAGAGACUCUGCAGGUGAAUACAUCGCUGGCCACCGCGCGGGUUUCUCCAAAUGGGUCGGCGGUUUUCCGGGUGGAUAUGGCAACGAAGCUGAGGUUCAGGAUCAUGUUUUGGAAGACCAAGAGGCACAACUUGAUUUUAUCGACCAGCGUGGAAGUCGAUGAACACGGUGCUAUUCCUCAACGCUACCAGAAGAAAGGGUUCCGGCUCAAGUCCGCCGCGCCGGAGCACGGCGGCGGUUGUGCGCUGAUGGGACUUUUGGUUGGUUUUAUGGUCUUGGUCUUGCUUAAUUUUCGUUGACUUUCUUUUCUAAUUUCACGAAAUUGUUGGUAUUGCUUUAGCCUUUAUUUAUUUGUAGGAAGAGUUUUUAUACCUCGAAAAUUGUUGAAUUGUUAGAAAUGUAAUUUUUCCAUUCUGAAUUGUUAUUUUUAUGAACUAGUUGGUUGUUUCGGA